AUGAGUUCUUGUCUACCAUCCUUCAUUUCCGAUCUUGAUUCGGGUGUCCAAAACCAGUUCUGGACGAAGAUGCUUUCCCCAAGCACAGCGCUAUUAGUGGCAGUCUUUCUAUCUUUCUUCACUCUUGUCGAGUCCGCGGGCAGCACAGCAGAGUAUAGAAGAGUCUGCACGGUACGUCCAUGCAGAGAUGGCUCGGACGAUGCACCCGCAGUACUGCGGGCCUUUGAAGAGUGUGGCAAUCAUGGUAGAGUGGAGUUCUUGAAUGAAACAUAUCAUAUCGAGUCCAUUAUGAACAUCAGCGGUCUCAACGACGUGGAGAUUGAUUUGAAAGGGACUUUAUUAUGGGGAACGAAUAUUACCUACUGGUUGAAUAACUCCAUGCCAAUGGGCUACCAGAACCAAUCUACAGCUUGGAUUCUUGGCGGUGAUAGGAUAUCCUUCCAAGGGCACGGCUAUGGGACUAUCAAUGGAAAUGGACAGGUCUGGUAUGACUUCAUCAAGGGAGCGAGUAAUUACCCCAGGAGACCGCAUGCCAUUACGGUAUACGGCACGACGAACUCGGUUUUUGAAGGCUUGAGAUUCGUGCAGAGUCAGAUGUGGACCAUGACAGUAAUCCACAGCAGCAACGUCCUUCUCCAGGAUAUCUAUGUCUCCAGUAUAUCCAAUUCCUCGACGUCAACCGUUAACACCGACGGUUGCGACACCAUCUAUGCCAACAACAUCACCUUCCACCGCUGGGAAGUCCACAACGGCGACGAUGGCAUCUCGCCCAAAGCAAACUCGACCAACAUCCUCGUCACAAACUCAACGUUCAUCGGCGGUGCCGGUUUGGCACUCGGCAGCAUCGGACAGUACAAGGGCGUGUUUGAGACCAUUGAGAACUUCACAGCUAGGGAUUGCGUGUUCAUAAACACAACACAUGCCGCGUACCUGAAGACGUGGACCGGUGAGCAGGUUGGCUAUCCUCCAAACGGAGGUGGUGGAGGAAUUGGAUAUAUCAAAAACGUCCUCCUAUCCGCCUUCACCCUCUCCAAGGUCCGUCAAUUCCCAAUGAGCAUCACGCAAUGCAUAAACUUCGCCGGCGCCGCCGGGAACUGCUCCUCGUCCCUCUUCGCCAUCUCCAACUUCUCGUUCCUAGACAUCAAAGGCACCGUGCAACAAGAGCCCAUCGUGAGUCUGCAAUGCAGCGCUGUGGCGCCCUGCGUAAACACGACGGUAGAGGAUGUAUCGGGGUUGGAGCUGGUGAACGGGACGCGUAUGAGGCAAUAUGAUUGUGAUAAUGCGCUGGGGACGGUGGGGUUUAAUUGUACGGGACAUACGUGUGGGAUGGCUAGCGGGGAUGGGACUUGUUGA